CAAGAGGUUUUCAAUCCGCGGUGCCAUAAUGGUUCCGCAGUUCAGAGACGAGGUACCUUCUUUCCUCGAGCAAGUCUUUGAUGUGUUCCAGUGUUGUCCUAACCUCUGGGCCUUUGCUAAACAGCUCGACUGUCCUCAUCGCUGCAAAAAAGUUAGUAAUCCCGUCAUGACUAGCGUUGGAAGAGCAAAGCGCAGUCGACUGGAUUCACUGUUGGCUUCCACGUCUCUUCUCGACGUCGACGAGGACAUGGACGAUGACGAAGAAGACUGGGAAACCCAGCCUAAAGACACCAACUCACCUGCUGAAACCGGCGAUAAAAAUCCCGGUGAAAUAGAUGACGACUCAAUCAAAGUCUCCAAACGCUCACGUUCCAUCGUUUCCGAUUCCGUGGAACAGCCUUUGAAGAAGAGAAAACUCAAUCGGUCGUUCGCUAUCCCUCCAGCCCGUGUUUCUUCAGAUCCUCUGUCUUGGAGUGAAGGCGAAGUAUAUGACUACGUCUCAAAUGAAGCCACCAUUAGUCAUCAUGCUUCGUGGCUAAGACAAGAGAAAAUCGAUGGCAUGGCUCUCAUGCUUUUGAACUUAUCGACUUUGGUAGAUCAGAUGCAGCUUCCUCAUGGGGCUGUACUCCCUCUGGCCCAUCAUCUUUGCCGGCUCAAAAUGGCACAUUUAUUAUUACGCAACGAAUAGCGCUGAUGUAAACAUUACGUAUCAGCUAUUUACGUGUCAUGUUUUAAAUAUUGAGCUUUAUUUGGAUUUACCCUUGUAUGCUUUGGAUUUGUUCUAAUUUCUGAGGCUUAUGGCUAAUAAUAUAACCCAUGUACAGAUUUUUUCCUAAA